AUGAACGCCAGGAGACUGACGCUCUCGAACCUGAACGAGAACGCGAGGUUAGCCAUCUGGGCUGGCUUGAACGCACGCCAGAGCGCGGUGGCGUCCGAAGUCUCUCGGAUCUUUCGAUCGAACGGCAGGAACCGACUCACCGACCUGGGCCGGGAGUCGUACCGCGAGAUAGAGCGAUUGCGUGCGGAGUGCAAGCCCGCUGCGCAGGCCAAGGAGCCCGAUCGGAGCCAGGACGACCGGAAGAGAUCGACCGCGGCGGCCCUCUGGAAUCGUCUCAGACCCUUUCUUCAAGCGGGUGGACUUGGGGACAUUGAUCAGUCGACGGCCAUCGCCCUCUUCGACCCCGGAGCUCGGGCGGUCGUAGGUUACGUGGUGACCACCUUGGCACCCAUGAGAGAGGUCCUUACGGAUCUGUAUCUCGAUCGACGGCAGUGGGGUCAACCCGACCGUUUCCACGACCGCAAUCUCCAGCUGCCGAUGAGGGCCGUGUGGAAGCAGCUCCUCCGGGUGGCUAGGCCCGGACUCAGGUCCCUCUUGGACGACCUGAGCAGCCUAGAUGAUGGGUACCUAGAAAGGAUAGAGGGUCUACGGCAGGCUAUAGCGGACUUCCUCACCAAUGACCUGUUGCGGAUCAGAGGCUACAGAAACUUUGUAGAGGCCACCCUACCUGUGUUGGGACAAUUCUCGAUGCGGCAACAUCUCCCUGACACGAUCGUCAGAGCGGAUGACUCCCGGGAAAUGGAGCAUCUGGCACUGCUCAUCCGGCAGCAUAACGACCAGGUCGAUGGGUACGCGCGUUUCCUCUUAAACAGAUCCGAAAAUCUACACAGACUGCGACUGGAGCUACAGACUCGUCCCUACCGUCACAUAUGGGCUCUCCUACAGGAUCCAGUGGAGGCACAAGCAUUCAUCGACUCCCUUCCCACUUACCAUAGACAGCUGCAGGACCUGGUUCAUGAUAGAGAGAAGAGCACGGACAAUCACUAUCGGAGGAUCCGGUCGGUCUGCGCGAGAUUGCUCCGAUUGUACGGCAUCGAUCCGGCGAGCGUCGGCAACAUCACACCGCAAGAAUGGAAGGUACGGAGAGGGAACGCCGAUCGAUUCCUUGCUGAUGCAUCGGACGAGAACAAUGACGUCCACAAGAUUAUCGUGCGACUGCUCGGCAUCGACGCACCAGAGAUGAAUGCAAAAGACCCCGUGGUGAAAGCGUGGGCCAUAAAGGCGCGCAACCGUAUGCUCGCUCUCGUGGCACCUGGGGUGUUUGAGAUAGACGGAAAAUAUGCGAGGAAAGAUAUCAACAAGCUUUUCAGAGAGAAUGUGGCGUUGAUCUGGAUGGAUGCGAAGGGUUGGGAUAAGUACGGGAGGUGUCUUGGAGAUAUCUACCUCUCACCUGACGAUACAAAGUCUCUGCAAACCAUCUGCAUCGAAGAAGGCUAUGCUGAGGUUUACGGUGGUGGUACUAAGAAGCAUUGGGUGCCGGAAGACUGCGUCCAGAAGAAGUCUUCAGGCGAGCUUGUACCUACUACGUGA